AUGGAUAUAAGUCCCUGCGUUUUCCAGCUCCUUCGGUGUGAAAUGGGACAGACACGAUCCCUCUCUAAGAAAGAGGAAAGACCCUCACCAUGUGUACUUCCCACCCGUGGAAAUGGAGCACAGACAGGUAACCAACCAGUGAGAGUGGGUCUCCUGGUCCCUGUCCCGGGCGCGCACGAGCAAAGUGCGGGGUCGGUGAUACCCUUGAGUGCCCAGACGCCUCAGGUUCAGGGUCACGGUUUGCAGCCCUCCAGGACCCACCGCAACCACGCCGAGCUCGGAGAGCGGCUCCCUCAAUCUCGGGCACACCUGGGCGCCCCAGCCCUCGGGGAUCAGGGCGCCGCGGGAGCCCGGCGCGCUCGCAGCAGUGGCCCCGGCGGCCGGAGAAAGUUCCCGCCCCGGCGGCCGGUCGCGGCGCAGCCCCGGGGACGGUCCCCGGCUGCCCUCCCAGCGGCGGGGACCGCGCAGCCGGUACUCACCCGUCCUCGCUUGGAUCCCCAGGUGGCGGUCGGAGCCCGGAGGGAGGACAGCGCAGCGGCGAGGGGGACAGGCGGCGGGGACGCGUGCAGCCCGCGCUCUCGUGCAACCACAGCACUAGCCGGCCGGGCUGCGCGGGGGCUUUAUCGCCGCCGCCGCCGCCGCCCCUUCCUGCCUCCCCCGCCCCCGGCCCGCCCCGCCCCGCCUUCCCGCCGCCGCCGCCUUUGUGUGGCAGCCGGCCGCAGCGUCCCUCCACCGCAGGGGACUCCGGGACGCCCCCCCCGCCGGACCCGCGGCGGCCGGAUGCUGCCCCCUCGAGGGGGGGUUCGGUGUCCCGGUCCCCAGAAAGCGCCUGCCAGACGCGCCCGGCCCGAGGUGCGGCGCCAACCCGGGGUCGAGCUGCACGUGGGUCGUCCAGAUGGAGGCUGGAAGUCCAAGGUCAAGGAACUGAUCCUUCCUCCUGGAGAGAGGCUGGAGAGAUGGCUCAGAGAUUAAGAGCACUGACUGUU